GUUAGCGCCUGGGUGGCCGCCAUGUUGGCGCUGGUGAGGGCGGCGGGGCGGGCCCUGGCGGGCCGGGACCUGCCCGGGGCUUCGCGGGGCAUCAGCGGCGGCGAGGGGCGGCCGGGGCCUGCCCGGCCCGGGUGCGGGCCCUCCCUACCCCUCUCCUCCCCUCUGGCCGGGCUCUCGCGGACCUUCCGCGUGAGGGAGCCGCCGAAGCCGCAGCAGGUGGAUCGGUGGACGGAGAAGCGGGCCUUGUUCGGGGUCUACGACAACGUGGGCAUCCUGGGCGGCUUCCAGAUGCACCCGAAGGACCUCAUCGUGGGGCCCAAGUGGCUGCGGGGCUGGCGGGGGAACGAGCUGCAGAGGUGCCUGCGCAAGAAGAAGAUGGUGGGGGAUCGGAUGUUCGUGAGCGACUACCACAAGCUCAACAAGAGGAUCCGCUUCUUGUACCGGCGCUUCAAUCGCACCGGCAAGCACCGCUAGGAGGGACCGGGGGUUUGGCUUGCGGAGCGUGCUAUUGCGGCGUCACGGUCUGAAUAAACACAGCGUUCCUUCA